UUGAUCCUUGAUCGGUGCGAAUGUAUGUGUGAGGAAACACAAUGAUUUAGUCAAUUCCGCGUUGUCAAUAAAGUAAUUUUAAUCAUUGUUUUCUCACUCACUUUUUGACAAAUGAAGGAGCCCCUGUUCAAAAGUUUGCACCACGGAAUCUUCGCGGAAGUGGGACUUCCCUACUUUCAAGGCCUUCAUUUCCAUUCAAAUAUCGCUCUGUCAAAAAACUUGAAGCUUUACUCCUCAUCUCUUAUAAUUCUCAUUUCAUCAAAUCUUUCUUCUUCUCAAUCUUCUGCUGGUAGAUUCUAAUGGAUUUCCCGAUCAAUCAAGGAUUCUCUUUUUCUUCUUCCACUCGCCAGUGUAACUACGAUGUUUUUUUGAGCUUCAGAGGUGAGGAUACCCGCAAUGGUUUUACUGACCAUUUAUAUCAUGGUUUGUGUGACAAAAGUAUUAAUACCUUCAUUGAUAAUGAUCUGCAAAGAGGAGAAACAAUUUCAGAGGAACUUCGCAGAGCUAUUAGAUCGUCAAGGAUUUCAAUAAUUAUAUUCUCUCAAAAUUACGCAUUUUCGACUUGGUGUUUGGAAGAACUUGUCGAGAUUCUUAACUGCAGGCUAAAUGGACAACGGGUUGUACCUGUUUUUUACAAAGUAGAUCCAUCUGAAGUACGUAAGCAAGAAAAAUGUGCUUUUAAAGAAGCAUUGGCCGAACAAGAAAACAAAUUCAAGAAUAACAAAGAGAAGGUGCAGAGGUGGAGGACAGCUCUAAAAGAAGCGGCUGAUUUAUCUGGAUGGCAUUAUAAGGAUGGCAGCUCUGAAUUCAAAUUCAUCCAACAAAUUAUUGAAGAAAUAUUGUAUACCAAAUUAAAUGGCAUACAGUUAUUUGUUGCUAAAUAUCCAGUUGGAGUAAAUUCUCGUGCCAAGGAGAUAGAAUCACUUUUAAAUAUUAAGGUAGACGGAUUUCGAAUGGUAGGGAUUCAUGGUCUUGGGGGAAUAGGUAAGACAACUAUUGCAAAAGCUGUUUAUAACAGAAUUUUUAAGCAUUUUGACGGAAGUUGCUUUCUAGAAAAUGUUAGAGAAAGUUCUGAAACAAAUAAUGACAUGAUCCAACUACAAGAGAAAGUCCUUUUUAAUAUCUUAAGGGGCAAAGAUUUGAAAGUGUUGAGUGUAGCCCAUGGAACCAAUAUGAUAGUGGAAAUGCUUCUUCGUAAAAGAAUUCUUGUUAUUCUUGAUGACGUGGAUAAGACAAAACAAAUAGAAAAUUUGUUUGGAAAUUAUGAUUGGUUUGCUUCAGGAAGUAGAGUCCUUAUAACAACAAGAGACAGACACUUGCUCGAUAAUCUUGGAAAAGUUUGUACAACUUACAAGAUGACGGAAUUGGACAACUGUGAAGCUCUUGAACUUUUUAAUCAACAUGCAUUCCAAGGAAAUGAACUUGAGGAAGAUUAUUCUAUACUUGCAAACCAAGUCAUACAAUAUGCCAAUGGCCUACCAUUAGCUCUAACAAUAAUAGGUUCUGAUUUGUGUGGAAAACCAAGAUCUCAAUGGGAAAGUGCAGUACAGCAAUAUGGAAAAAUUCCUAAAGAAGAUAUUCAUAAUAUACUUGAAGUAAGUUAUGCUGGAUUGGAAGCUACGGAAAAGGAUAUUUUUCUUGAUAUUGCAUGUUUCUUCAAGGGAAGGAACAAGUAUGAUGUUGUAAAUAUAUUACAUGCUUGUGAUUUAUAUCCAGGAAAUGGUAUUCCAAACCUUGUUAAUAAAUGUCUCGUAACCAUUGGUCAUGAUGGCAUAUUGGGGAUGCAUGACUUGGUACAACAAAUGGGUAGGGAAAUUGUUCGGCAAGAAUCACCAAAAAUCCUCGAAACACGUAGCAGGUUAUGGUAUUAUGAUGAUGCAUGUGAAGUACUAACUGGAAGUAAGGGGUCAGACAAAAUUCGAGGUAUAAUGUGGCAUUCGCCUAAUCGAAUAACAGUGAAAUUACAUGAUGAAGCUUUCAAAAAGAUGGAAAAUCUCAAAUUUCUUAUGGUUCGUAAUGUAAUUAUUUCUGAAGAACUUAUAUAUCUUCCCAAUGGGUUAAAGUUACUUGAAUGGCACGAAUAUCCUUUUCCUUUGCCAUCCAAUUAUCGUCCUCAACAACUUGUUGUACUCGAAAUGCCGCGUAGUUGCAGUAGAUUGGGCAAGCUAUUCAUGAAGGGGGGCCAGUACAAUAAUUUGAAAAGUAUCAAUUUGGAAAGGUGUAUAUCCAUUAGAAAAUUACCUGACUUGUGCACCCCAAACUUAGAGAGAUUGAACAUUAAUGGUUGUGAAAAUUUAAUUGAGGUUUAUGAGGCCAUUGGAUCUCUUGAUAAGCUCAAAAGUUGGAGUCUCAAAAAAUGCAAAAAACUUCAAAUUCUUCCUAGCUGCUUUAGGUUGAAAUCUCUUGAAGAUAUUAAUCUAGAUGGCUGUGUAAGUCUUGAAAAAUUACCUGACUUGGGUGCCCCAAACUUAGAGAAUUUGAACAUGGAUAAUUGUGAAAAUUUAAUUGAGGUUCAUGAGGCCAUUGGAUCUCUUGAUAAGCUCAAAAGGUGGGAUCUCAGCAAUUGCAAAAAACUUCAAAUUCUUCCUAGCAGCUUUAGGUUGAAAUCUCUUAAAGAUAUUUAUCUAAAUGGCUGCGUAAGUCUUGAAAAGUUACCUGACUUGGGUGCUCCAAACUUAGAGUAUUUGAACAUUAAUAAUUGUGAAAAUUUAAUUGAGGUUCAUGAGGCCAUUGGAUCUCUUGAUAAGCUCAAAUUAUGGGAUCUCAUGAAAUGCAAAAAACUUCAAAUUCUUCCUAGCAGCUUUAGGUUGAAUUCUCUUGAAGAAAUUGAUCUAGAUGGCUGCGUAAGUCUUGAAAAAUUACCUGACUUGGGUGCUCCAAACUUAAAGAUUUUGCUCAUGGAAAAUUGUGAAAAUUUAAUUGAGGUUCAUGAGGCCAUUGGAUCUCUUGAUAAGCUCAAAAGGUGGGAUCUCAGCAAUUGCAAAAAACUUCAAAUUCUUCCUAGCAGCUUUAGGUUGAAAUCUGUUAAAGAUAUUUGUCUAAAUGGCUGCGUAAGUCUUGAAAAAUUACCUGACUUGAGUGCUCCAAACUUAAAGAUUUUGCACAUGAAAAAUUGUGAAAAUUUAAUUGAGGUUCAUGAGGCCAUUGGAUCUCUUGAUAAGCUUAGGGAGUGGUGUCUCAGGGAUUGCAAAAAACUUCAAAUUCUUCCUAGCAACUUUAGGUUGAAAUCUCUUGAAGAUAUUGAUCUAGAUGGCUGCGUAAGUCUUGAAAAAUUACCUGACUUGGGUGCCCCAAACUUAAAGAGAUUGAGCAUAGAUAAUUGUGAAAAUUUAAUUGAGGUUCAUGAGGCCUUUGGAUCUCUUGAUAACCUUAGUGUGUGGUGUCUCACGGAUUGCAAAAAACUCCAAAUUCUUCCCAGCACCCUUAGGUUGAAAUGUUUAGAAUUUAUUAGACUAAGCGACUGCGCAGAUAUGAUAUAAAGCUAUAUUGCUACAGUACAUAUCUAUAUAUCAGACUGCAUGUCGUUGGAUCUACCAUCAUCAUUCAGACUAUUUAAUCAGGUUUGAAGUGUCUGCAGGAAUUAAAAGCCUCUGAGAUAUGACCAUGGAAAUGUUAUUUUGUGGAUCCCCUACUUUAGUGAUCAAUGUUUUGGUGAAUAUUUUUGGAUGGGAGGAUGGUACCAGGUCGAUGGGUUAAAUUUCAACCUUUUCAUAGUAGUUCAGUGAUUCAGCUUUGAGAGCUAAGAUGAAAGGUAAAGAGUAGACUCCUCUGCUACAGCAUGAAUGUGGAGCACUCAUCAAAGGACUAGAUCCUAUGUCAAGGUCAUAAAGAGGUACUCUUUACAGUGAAAAAGGGAUGCGGCAAACACAUUGGAAGUAGACACUGCAUUUAAACCACUUGAUGAACUUUUCAGUAGUUUUCUUGGAAGUAUAGCACAUGACAUGAUCAUAAAUUGGAGGAGUUCCAGAAAUAUUAUGUGGAGGUAAUGCUGAAAUUCUUUAAUUUGGAGCUGCAUUAUGGGGAAUUUAUCUUGUAGCAACUAAAGUGAUGAUUGGUGGUACCUAGUGAUUUAAAGGGUAUUUGGAGCAAAGAUGUUUGGAUCCCUUGUAGUAUGAGGUUUUAACUACUGUUUUUGAUUACACAAGAGCAACCCUUAAAUAAUUGAUGACAUAUUUGCAUCACUUGCAUUGAAGAUUCAUGAUGGUGAAAAUGGCCAUUAUGUGUGGGAUGUUUUUUCGGUAUUAGUUAUUGGUUUGAAGUGUCCGCUGGAAUUCAAAACCUCUAAGAUUCAGAUUCUAGAGCUAAGAUGGGAAGUAAAGAGUAGACUCCUCUAAUAUGGCAUGUACUCUUUUUUAUUUUUUAUUUGCUAUCACUUAUGAUUUAGAGAUUUAAAUAGUUUUUAUACAAAUUAAUUGUUUCAAAUCUUUAUUUGGGUCUUUUUGUAAAGGAAUGUGGAGCAAUCAUUAAAGGACUAGAUCCUAUGUCAAGGUCAUCAAGUGGUACUCUCUACAGAUAAAGAGCUAGGUUCUGAAAGCUGAAAAUUUGAAAUGGGUUGCCGAAGGAAGGUAUUUGGAGUUGAGAAGAAUUGGGACUAUGGAGUCUGUUCAUAAGACUACUCAGGGAUGCAGCAAACACAUGGGAAGUGGACACUGAAUUUAAACCACCUGAUGUACUUUUCUGCAGUUUUCUUGGAUGUAUAGCACAUGAUCAUAUAUUGGAGGGAUACAGCAAACACAUGGGAAGUGGACACUGCAUUUAAACCAUCUGGUGUACUUUUCAGCAGUUUUCUUGGAAGUAUAGCACCUGACAUGAUCAUAUAUUGGAGAUUAUUUAUUACGAGGCUCUGGAAAAGCUUGAACAAGUCUAGCUGCCAAGGAACAACAAUAGUUUUGAGAUGGAUGUGAAAAUUAGUCCAAAGAUUAACAAAGAAAUAUUUUGUGAUUAGGUAAUGCUGAAAGUCUUUAAUUUGGAGCUGCAUUAUGGGGAAUUUAUCUUGUUGCAACAAAAGUGAUGAUUGGUGGUACCUAGUGAUUUUAUGGGUAUUUGGAGCAAAAGAAGUUUGGAUCACUCGUAUAUAUGAGUUUUUGGGCAAGAAGACAUGGAUGGAAAAUAGCCAUACAAUUAAACACAAGUGGGAUUGCUGGCAAUGGUGAGCAAAAGAGCCUCAAUGGCAACAACCUUGAUUUUGGUUGCACUUGAUUGGGUUGAAUUGAAGCAUUGUUCUGAUGCAAAUUGUUGUUUACAAUAAUAUGUUCCUGAAUUGAUCCUACUACAACAGCUAAGGGCUGCAGAUCAGAGCCACCUAUAGUCUGAAGCAUCAAAAUGGUUCGUCUCCUUUUUGGAUAAAUAAUAAUAUAAACUUCAGCUCAACAUAAAUCUGAAUUCUUGUAGCCUUUGAAAUGCAAGCAGCUCUUCAAGUAUCCAAGACAGAAGAAGAUGAAAAGAAAACAUUCCAGAUUCAAGAAGAUGAAAAGAAAACAUUCCAGAUUAUGAAUCAUAAUCGUAUUCCUCAGCACCCUCUUCAGCAAUAGGCUCAAGCCUUGGUGAAUUGGAAGGCUUCUUCAGAGGGUAAAUAAUGGGAGCAGGGGCUGCUACCUCAACCCAAUAAUUCAAGUUUAUGAUCUCCUUAGCCAUUGAAGGUUGAUAUAAAGAGAAACAAAUUCUGUAAAUAAUUCCUGUUGAUGAUGAUUUUUUUUUUUCCUUGUAUUUAAAGAAAAAUGAGAGAAAUGGGAUUUCCUUAGAAUCGUUCUAGGAGUUUUUGAGUAAUGCAGAUCACAAGAAAUUGACUGUGAUGA